AUGGAGCUCCCCAACUACGCCAAUCAACUGCUUCUCCAGCUCAAUCAGCAGCGCUCCAAGGGCUUCCUGUGUGAUGUCAUCAUCAUGGUCGAAAACACGCUCUUCCGGGCCCACAAAAGUGUCCUCGCCGCCACCAGCCACUACUUCAAGUCCCUUGUCCUCCAUGAUAACCUCAUCCACCUCGACCCUGAUAUGGUGGAUCCAGUUGUUUUCCAGCAAAUUCUGGAUUUCAUUUACACCGGCAAGUUGGCAGAUGAGACCUUUGAGGGGCUGGAUUUAAGCUCUCUGCUCACCACAGCUAACUUUCUCCAGCUCAAUGACCUCGCAAACCUGUGCUCCAGUAAGAUCAACCAAAAUGGGUCCCUCAAUAGCGUGGCUCGUGGAAGCUGCAAAUCUUCAGUUCACCUGUAUGAAGACCACUCAUCAGACACUGAAACAUACACGUGUAUGACGCCUCCCAAAAAACGGCACAAUGCUGAAAGUAGAUUUCAGAGAAAAAAGCAGGACUUGGGGUUGGAUUUGUCUAAGAAAACUUCAGUUAAUGACGAGGCUCUUCUAUCCAGAAACAUCUCCAACAAUAUGCUGCUGGGAAUAAAUGGGAAGUGUGUUCCAAAGGAAGAAAAGUGGAUAAUUCCUUUGGACGGAGCUCAGGAAAGAAAAAGGGAGGGAUCCCGAAGAAAAUCCAAGGUCAAUGGUUACAUUCCUCUGAGCAGGGCUGGAAGUCAACUAAGCCAGAAUCAGACCUUCACUCUACAGUUAUCUGUGAAGAAAGAGAAAGGAAUUGGAGGGAAAACAGAUGAAAUUGACGGCCAAAAACCAAACAAUGGCAGCACCAAUUUUGUUUAUCAAAAGGAGACCUUUCUCAAAGAAGCUGAAGGGGACAACCCUUACGUUUGUAUCCCAUGUGAAAAGGGUUUUCCCUCCGCCGAGAGUCUUAAAUCCCAUGUGGAAAGCCAUUUGGAUGAAGAUGUGGAUGUGAAGGUUGAAGAAGAGGAGGAAGAGGAACGUGACGGAGUCACCAGAGUCUCGCCAGAAGCUCCCGAGAGCCUGGAGCAGAGUCCGGUAAAGUCCCACAAAGAUGUCGACACCGUGCGUCCCUUCCCUUGCAACAUUUGCGGCAAGAUGUUCACGCAGCGUGGCACUAUGACCCGCCACAUGCGCAGCCACCUCGGUCUAAAGCCAUUUGCGUGUGAGGAGUGUGGCAUGCGCUUCACCAGGCAGUACCGCCUCACUGAGCACAUGCGUGUCCAUUCAGGGGAGAAACCGUAUGAGUGCCAGGUCUGUGGGGGGAAAUUUACGCAACAAAGAAACCUCAUUAGUCAUAUGCGGAUGCAUACCUCAGUAUCUUAGAACAGGUCAAAGAGCCCUAAACUAGGAUAAUACAGAUACACACAGUUCUCCAUAGUGCUUUGGUUUGGGUUCUUUUAACUAGGGUUCAGUCCUCCAGAACACUACAAAGAUUCCUCUAGGUUGUCUUUACAGGGGAUCCUUUUUGAGUUAGUGAAGGGUCUAGUUUCACCCACAAAUCUUCUACAAUUUUACAAAGAGUCAUCUAGGUUAAAAAAGAAACCUCUGUAGUAUAAUCUAAGGCUAAUGUGUCAAACUCUGGUCCUGGAAGGCCACUGUCCUGCAGAGUGUAGCUCCGAACACCUGCCUGGAAGUUCCCGAAGACCUUGAUUAGCUUGUUCAGGUGUGUUUAAUUAGGGUUGGAGCUAAACUCUGCAGGACAGUGGCCUUCCAGGAACUAAUUUUGACUAUUUUGGAAACGAAUCCUACAAAGAUUCCUCUAGAUCAGGGAUAGGGAACGUAGGUCCUGGAGAGCUGCUGUCCUGCAGAGUUUACCUCUAACUCUAAUCAAACACACCUGAACAAGCCAAUCAAGGUCUUCAGGAUUACUAAGGCUACAGACAAGCAAGGUUUUUUUCAGGGUUGGAGAGAGACUCUGCAGGACAUCGGCACUCCAGGACCAAUGUUGUCUACCCCUGCUUUAGAGUUCACUUAUUGGGCUAAUUUAAGGCUCAGUUCAGGCCACAACUCCUCUAGAAUGCUACAAAAAUCUGUUAGAUCUUCUCUACAGCUGUUUCCUUUUUGAGCAGAUCUUGGGUUCACUUUCACCCACAAAUCCUUGGAAAGUUUACAGAGAUUCUUCUAGCUCAACAUGGAAACUUCUGAAGAUCUCUUCUCAGACUUUUCCUGGGGAUCCUGCACCAUUGCACAUUUUCCUUCAUCGGUCAGACCCAAUUGAAAUCUUGCAGUCUCUUCCGAUGAGUUGAAUAAGGUGUGUUAGAUGAAGAGGACAACUGAAAUGUGCAGUGGUGGACAGGUUUGAGAAGCACUGAUCAAGGUCAUGGGUAGCCAAGCCAAGACUGGAGGGCUACCUUUCUGCUGACUUCAGUUCCAACCCUGCUCCAGCACACUUGGGUGUGGUUCAGGUGUGUUUAGUUAGGGCUGGAGCUAAUCUGGUCAAACUCACCUACAUGUAUCUCUGCAGACCUUGAUUAGCUUCUUCAGGUGUCUUUGAUUAGGGUUGAAGCUAAACUCUCUAGAAAUCAGGGUGAUUUAAGUGAACCCUGAUCUAGAACCCUUAAUCUAUUCUAGGGAUCAAGUUUGGCCACAAAUCCUCUAGAAUUCUAUAAAGAUGAAUUUAGAUCUUCUAUAAACACUCUACAUUUUGAGCUAAUUUAGGAUUCCGUUUGGAUCACAAGUCAUUUAGAAUUCUAUGAAGAAUCCUCUCCAAAAUGGAACCCUAGAUGAUCUCAAAAAGGAAACCCCUGUAAUCUGUUCUAGGGUUCAGGUUUGGCCACAGUUCCUCUAGAAUUCUAUAAAGAUUCAUUUAGAUCUUCUCUAAAGACUUUACCUUUGAUGGUUAUCUAGGAUUCCAUUUGGAUUCCAUUUAGAAUUCUAUGACUUUUUUUUUCUAGAUCUUCUCUAUACUGAUUUCCUAAUUUAGGAUUCAUUUUCACUCAUGAAUUCUACAAAGAUUCCUCUAGUUCAGAAGGAAACUUCUGUAGAGAAGAUCCAAAGCUUUCUAUGUGUGGCUUUCUUUCAAAACUAGACUAUUGCAAAAAGGAAACCAUUGUUGUUUAAUCUAGUGUUCAGUAGGGUUCCUCUACAGAGUUGAUUUUUUUUAAGCUAAUCUAGAGUUCAGUUGAUCAAGAAUGAUCCAGUUGAUUCAGUUCAGUUGAUUCAAGAAUGAUCUAGAUCUCCGUAGAAGAAUGGCGAUGAUUCCCUGAUGAGCAUAAAAAUGCCAACUUCAGCCAAUACCUGCUGUUAUACCUUUCUUCAUACCUUCUUAUUCUUCUUGUGCAUGGAUUGUUUGUUAUUGUUAGUGAGUAGCUAAAAAAUAUAAAGUUUAUCCACUUAGCGAUGUAGUUUAAAACGAGAAUUACCUCAAAUAGCUAGUAAUCCUCUCAGAACUGAAAGAGCCGAAUGUUCCUGGUGAUGCCAGUUAUUUUACAGCAGUGACUAGCGAUACCUCUCGAAUGUAAUUUAGGAGUCAUGAUAGAGUUUAUGCUUCAGAAACAGACCGCUGUAAUAAAGCUAUCUGGGUUGUUUACUUGAAUACACAAACUUGCUACCUCAGAUUAAACCAAACCCCUCUGAUUAGCCUGUAUGAGAUUAAGAUUAUUACAUAUUAGUUAUGAGAAAAUUACACGUCGUCUUCCAUAUUACAGUCACUCUGUCUAGUUUAGUUAAUGAGCUUAAACUGACAUCUGAUUCAGAACAGAGGAAAACGCACUGCCUGUGUCAGUAUACACUUUUCAGGGGGUCGGGUAAUACUUCACUAGGGUUGCGAUCUGAGCUAGUGAAGUUGUAUUGCUUGGGCAAUUAGGGUGUUUUGAUGUACAGUUCCAAAGAAAUAUUGAAUGUUGAAAUGCUUAAGAAAUACUGUAAAACUAUAACCAAAUCUAUAUUCUUGCUAAAUAUUUAAGUCUAAUUUAUGCUUCUUUCAAUUCAGGUUUAUUUUAAGUCGUCUUUUUUUUUUCGGGGUUUUUCUUUUGGGUUUUUUUUUUUUCUUUCUUUUUUUAUUUCAAUGCUUCAACCAAUGGCUUAAUUUAUACAGCAUGUUGUCCAUAUUUUCUUGUGGCAUGUGCAUUAUUCUAAAAAAGUUAGGUUUAGCAGAUUGCAUUCAUGCAUUUAGUGUUGAAACGAGACCAAAAGCGUAAAAUCAAAACCUACUGUAAAUAUCUUUGGGUAUCUUAAUGUAACUGACGUGAUUUUUAUCAAUUGAUAUAUUACUGAAACUUACUUGUUCAGAGAUGAAAUCGUUUUCUUAUUGUGUUUUAAUUUCUCUACACCGUGUUUGUUUUAAACUACCUCUGGUGGGGUAUUUUGUACGGUUUCCAUGGGUUUUCAUCAUGCUGGAGGGCUUUUUUAAACAAUACCUAAUUUUGAGGUUGUAUUCAUUUGUUUAGUAGCUGCUUGCCUGAUCUAGUAAUAUCAAAAGAGGUACUUUAAAUAAUAGAUCAACUAGCCUAAGAUUUGAUUCGCUGAAUUGACUUUUCUGGCACUCUUUGGUCAUGUAGUGCUUGCUUUUUUUUUCUCUUUUUGCUUUGUUUGAAGAUGAUUAUUUGACACUGUCUGUAAAUCAAUGGGAUUCUAGAAUAUUCAGGAACUUUUUAAUACAUAAUGGGACUUGAAACUGAACUUCAAAACUGUGACAACACUUUCAUUUGCAUUCUCUGCAAACCUCAGGGAACAUUUUAGGGACACGUCCCAGUUAACUAUUUGAACCAUAAAGCGCCAUUAACAGAUGUUUUUGCAGCAAUUUUCCUGUGUUUUUUUUAUUUAGAUAGUUUCAAUAUUCUCCACAACUGACACAAUGCGCCUUCAGGAGGUUCGGCAGCUCUUUGCAUUUGCAGUACAGGUUUGUGUGUGUGUGCGUGGAUGGUUUUGAUGUGGUUUUCAAAUGCUUUUGAAAUGUCGAGUACUUUGUUCAGAAAUGAUGAUACUAAAGUAUUUGCGACCUGUUUAUGAAAACCAAAGCACAUUUUCACUCUUUGAAGAAUUUAAGGUCCUAUUGUAUAUAACAUUGUUCUCAGUUAUGACAUGAAAUAAAAUUAAAUCAAAACA